AUGGUGGUAGCAUCCGAUUCAGAGACACCAUCUCUGGACUUCAAUGCCCUCCCACCAUUCCAUCGCGUCUACAACCCCAAAACCGAGGGAAAUCUACAGACUCAGCUCGGUAACUACUGCAUCGACAAUAACCGCGGCGGUUACAGUCCUCUCCAAGACCGUGUGCGACUGGCCUUCGCCGUCAACGAGCUCGCCGCCACCACCCUCGGCCUGGGGAAGCUCUAUCUUGUCAAUUGCGGUCCGAGGAAGCAGCAGAUGCUCAACUCUCCCCACUCGAUCCCCGACCUUCUUUUCGUCGGGUCGUACAAAUGGACUGAAGAGGCUCGCGACAACUUCCUCCGCCUCAAGCCCGCCGCACGCCUGUUUCAGAUGACCGCAUCUCUUCACAACCAUCACCCGGCUGAGCCUACCCUCCCGGUCUUCAUCUUUCAGGACUAUGCCGUUCCUUAUGCCCGCCCCGACGUAAGCCUGAAGCUGCAGUCCCCGCCGCGUCCCGACAAGGGCGUGUGGAUAUGGACCAGCGAGCAGCCGUUCAAAGCAGGAUUCGUGCAUGAUAUUGCGGAGAUGGGCAUCAUCCACUGCCCAUACGACGCGGACGGCGAGCGACUGAAUUGCAUAAUCAGAAGGUUGGACAUGGCCUGUGAACGCCAUCGUGCUUACUUGACGUCGGCAGCGGUGGGCGGAGACGACCAGGUUGUGUCGGUGUACCAAUAUCUGCAGACGGCGGCCAUGUUCUGCUCGGUGCUGAAGAUGGAGAUGUGGGGCAAGAUCGUUGGGAUGGCUAAUGAGGCGUUUGCGGCGGCGAAUGGUGGCGUAGCACGCAAGUGA